AUGUGCUCGGUCGUGUACGGUUUUAUUGCUAAAUCUGAUCUGCCACUGGACUUGGCGAUACCGUUUGUGUACGCUGACAGGCUUGGGCCAGUAGUCAAUAUCAAACCAAUCAAACCGAGGAAACAUACUGAGCGGAUAGUGGACAAGGAAGCCAAAAAAGUGCUCACUCCUACAACUCCUGAACUUCAAUCUACUCAGGGAGAAGAUAAAAAUAAAAAGAUAGAGGAGCCGACAGACAAGGCUAUUAUGCGUGUGUACAGCUCGGUUCAAUCGUUAACUGAGCCCAUGUGCUUUUUCAGUUUUGUGGUCGACCCGGAAAGCUUCUCGCGCACGGUGGAGAAUAUUUUCCAUUUGUCAUUCAUCGUCAAACUCAGAAACGCCAUGCUGACUCUGUCUGAACAAGGCCUGCCACUGAUCUCAAAUAUUCCUGGGAGAGACAAAUUGGACAAUGCGGAGGAGGAUACUUUGGCACAGAAGAGUCAGCUGAUUAUGGAGCUAACCAUGGAUGAGUGGGAGAAUAUCAUAAAGGUGUUCGGCAUCACCGAAAGCUUUAUUGAGCGAUAUGAUCACGACGACGAUGAUGAUGAUGAUGAUGAUGAUGAUGAUGAUGAUGAAGAUGAGGAUGACUCAAUGCUCACGGACCAGCCUCCCACGAAACAAAGACGGCGAUGAGAUUGUCUGAUGCAUCAGUGUACAUAUACGAAUCUUUAUAGCUCAUGCAUUUGUAUAGUAGCAUACUGUAUACAUGCAUAUUUGCACUCCGACGGGGAUAGAAUGAUACCGAAUCCUCUGAUAGACGGUACGAUAUGGCUGUGUGCUCGAUAAUGUUGCGCCCUGAAGAGUUGCGCAGCCUAGCAGCAGGGUUAUUCGCCACAUGCAUCCUAAACUACUCGGGCCUUCUCAUGCUUCACCGAAUACUAUACCAGAAGACCUGUAGAGCAUCCCGAUUUAAUGUGCGGGACGGCCCUUUCUGCUGCAUAUAUAAACGCAUGGUGUGAUAUCCACUGUUGGAUACACGAGGGCUUGCUAUACUAGCUCAAACCAUGGGCUGAUUGAUAUCCGCCAAAUCCUGGCACGAUCGAUAGACCGGGCCAAAUGGAAAUAAACAUUAGAACAACG